UAAACAACAACAGAGACAGCGCCUCGAGGUAUUAUUUUGGCAACAUGCAGCUGGGUCCAACCCACCAACUUGCGCGGUCUGCGACACAUGAAACAACAUCAGUCGGCUGGAGUGUACUGCCCCGCUAUGUCAUUCAGUGUGGCGUAAGGCAAGGAAGGGUUGGCUUAGUGGAAAGAGUUCUUCAUACACACAAACACGCUCAUUCACUCACUGGUGAGGCAACGCUCAGCGUAGGUCGCACUUAUGCUGUGACAGAAAUAGUGACAUUAGAAUCGUCAGAAAAUUAAAAGAAAACCAGGGGAUUAAUACUGUUAUCACUGACUGCAUUUGGUCAGACACAACUGCCCCAGGACGUUAAUCUGGUUUAAGGAUAGACUUUCCCGGACAGCAGGGACUCAACAGUGAAAGUUUGCCAUGUCUGGAUCUUAUUGUAAAAGUUUGUAUGCCUUCAGCGGAGAGCAACACCAGCUUGGUUUGAGAUUCGAGGCGGGGGAAAUUAUAAAAAUUACUCAAGCUUUGUCCGGCGGAUGGUGGGAAGGAGAAAAGGAUGGAGUGAGAGGAUGGUUUCCCUCAAGUUACGUUCAGGUCUUGGAGAGGUCUGCCUCCAUGACUGUGCUACCUUGUGACGACCCCAACCAGUUGCCCCUGCCCCGAGACUGGAAGUGCUACAUGUCUCCUCAAGGAAGAAAAUACUACGUCAACACCGUCAGUAACGAGACUCAGUGGGAGAGACCUUCCAGCACCCCGGGCACUCCGAAGACUCCCGUACGGCACAAGAACUCUCUUCCAACAGUGAAUGGAUUCCACUCAAGUGGAAGCCCAUUGCAUCAUUUGGAACAGACCCACAAUCACACACGCAAACACAGUAUGGACCAGAGUCCCACGUCCACUUCGCCCACCACUAAACAGCAGGACAAGGACACAACUAUCACGAUCAACUGUGUGACAUUCCCACUGCCUCUGAACAUGGCUGAGCAGCAGUUACUGAAACCGGAUGAGUGGAGCUACUGUGACUAUUUUUGGACAGACAAGAAGGACCCCCAGGGGAAUCCGUCGGUCUCCGGCUUCGAGGUGCUGCUCCACAAACAGCUCAAGGGCAAACAGAUGCAGAAGGAGAUGGCCGAGUUCAUACGCGAGAGAAUCAAGAUUGAGGAGGAAUACGCCAAGAAUCUCUCCAAGCUGUCGCAGAUUCCCUUAGCCGCGCAGGAAGAAGGCACUCUGGGAGAGGCCUGGGCCCAGCUGAAGAAGAGCCUGGCCGACGAGGCCGAAGUUCACCUCAAGUUCUCCUCCAAGCUGCAGAGUGAGGUGGAGAAGCCCUUCCUCACCUUUCGUGACAACUUCAAGAAGGACAUGAAGAAGUUCGACCACCACAUCGCCGACCUCAGAAAACAGCUAGCCAGCCGUUACGCUGCCGUCGAAAAGGCCCGAAAGGCCCUCGCAGACCGACAGAAAGAUCUAGAAGUCAAGACCCAGCAGCUGGAAAUCAAGCUGAGCUCCAAGAUCGAGGAGGACAUUAAGAAAGCUCGCAGGAAAUCCACGCAAGCAGGAGAUGAGCUGAUGAAAUGUGUGGACCUUUACAAUCAGUCUCAGUCCACAUGGUUUGAAGAGAUGGUCACCACGAGCUUGGAACUGGAGAGGCUGGAGGUAGAGAGAGUGGAGAUGAUCCGACAGCACCUGUGUCAGUACACAACAUUGCGGCACGAGACGGAUAUGUUCAACCAAAGCACAAUAGAGCCAGUGGACAAGCUGCUACAAAGCGUCGAUCCAGCCAAAGACCGAGAGCUGUGGGUGAAGGAGCACAAGACAGGAGAAGUCCGACCUGUGGACAUGCAGAUAUGACCCCCCUACACACACACACACACACACACACACACACACACACACACACACACACACACACACACACACACACAUUAUGAAGGCAGGAGCCUUUAAGUGUACUGUUGGAACAUAAACUCGGUGGAAGACUCUCCUGAUGCAUGAUUUACGGGACGAUGAGAUAAAGCCGCUUGUGGAAGGUGCUGGUCUGUGGGAGGGUCAAAUCCAACACUUCUGCCGCCAAAGUUCGAUUACGUGUUAUUGGCUGAAGUGUUUGAUUACCCGCCCCUCUUUGAGACUGUGAUGUUCCCAAGGCACUGGAGGGUUCUACAGGGAACAUUUUGGGCACAACCAUAUCCAAGGAAUUCCACUCAGAAGAAAGGACUGCUCUCAAAUAAGAAGGAACGCUACAAAAUCCGGAUACGCUCUAAAUAUAUAAAUACGAACAACUAUGCGUCUUUGUACAGCUUAGAGGAUUGAAAAAGGUUAAGAGACUAUUUUCCUGAUGCUAUGAAUAUAUACAUAUAUAAUGAUAGUGUAACACUUUGCUUAUUCAUUCAAAAGUCUUACAAACUUACUAGCUGCUGCUAAACUGAAAUUAAGUGAACAGAAAUAUUUUUUAAGAAUCAUGCACCCCGCUUGCCAAGUCACUUCAGAGGUCACCUUACCUUACGCCUGCCACAAACACAGUUAUGAUAUGAAGUUCCCAAAUUGAGUUAUUGCCUUCUAAACAUCUCAUUUUCCAUUUCAGUAUGUCUUAAAAUACUUUGGCCACUUGUGAUGCAUCGGUCUAUGUGUGUAUAUGUCAUUCAAAGGUAACAACUGUGGAAAAGAACUGAUCUGUUGUUGCCGCAUCAUGGCACCAGUUUAGCCACUGUAGCUUGUCGGUGCCCACGGACAGGUCUUUGCCGUGUCAUUCACAACCCUCUUGGAUAUACAUUUAUUGUUUAACGUUAACUCUUCAAAUUGACAUUUCAAAACUGCAGUUUAUGCAACAUCCUUUUUACACUUUAAACGCUGGGCCUACAUUUAUUUCUGUGUGUUCCCUGAGAUAAAGACAUGCUUUUGAUUUUGGUUUUGAGUACUGUCAUGGCACAUCACAUGACUGUAUGGUUGCAUUCAGUAUUCUGGCGUGUGAAAUCAUCCCUUUUCACGGUUGUCUUUUGUAAAUAUAGUAUCUCGAUGUCUUAAUUUAUGUCUGGUUAAGUGCACUCUCUGCCAUGGUCAUGUCUCUAACAAUGAGUUGCCGGUUUCUUAUUCAAGUUUCUCUGUCUAACAUAAAAAAGAGAAAAUCAGUAUGAUAGAAAACAAUGAAACAAAAUGCAGUCAAACCCCUAAGAUUACAAAAUUAGAAAAUGUAGUGACAUGUUUUGUUGUUCAGUCUGAAGUAAUGAACUGUAGCGACAGCAGGGUGAUAGCGUUUACAGUGAGUAAAGCUUUAAUGAAUAUGAGAUGAAGUAUUUGACUGUGAUACUAAAUCAAGAGUAUUGAGUCUGUGUCUGGUAGGUGAGACGUUGAGUCAUCUCAUAGGAUCAUUGUACUCUCAGUACUGACUCCGUGGCUUCCAGUGAUGUCAGACUCAAGGGUCCUCUCCUAGUCAUCAUGAAGAGGAGAAGUGCCAUGGCAAAUAAUAUGUUCAGUGUUCAACUUUUUAACAAUCCCCUCAACAUCCAACCCAGUGAUCAAUUCAUUUCAGAUUUAGUUUGACAGUCUGUAAUAAGAAACAGUUUGUCACAGGAAACAGUUGGUUCAGCGGUGUGUUCAGGGGUGAGAAAAGACAAGAUGUAUAAAAUUGAAGAGGUACAGAUAAUAUAUUGAUUUUAUUUUACGCAAUGCCUAUUUUUAUACUGAAUGAAAUAACACUGUUUUCUUUCACUUCUGAUAUUUAACUGGAUCCCUUUCUUCUCUGUUUUGUGUCAAUAAAAUCAUCAGCUUGAUUUGUUCUUAAUGCCAGGUCUUGCCAUUGUACUUGUGGCUGUUUCAUGUUGAUGCCUAUUGAUGUGCAAAAGUGUUUUACCUGCAAACUGAUUCUGAUAGAAACUUAACAAUAAUAUCAUUUGAAACUGUACAUUUAAAGACAGCAAGUAGAGAAUGUUCUGCAUUCAGGUUUUGCUUUAUACUGGUGACACAAUGAUUAAAUUCAAACUUAAAACCA